AUGGCGGAAUCGAAGAUCGAUCCCAGGGUUUUCCCUCGGCGGGUGAGAUAUGCGGCCCUGCUCACUGUCAACGUGUUUGUCUUUAUGGGCAAUAUGUACUCCUCAGGGAUAGCGACAGGUUUCGAGAGCUUAGCACAAGAUCUUCACCUUCCCUUUGCAAAACUGGCCGACCUGAUUAGCUACUCGGUGUUGGCCAUGGGCCUGGCAAAUAUCUUCUGGAUGCCUCUGGCGCUGUGCUUUGGCAAACGUCCUAUUGUCCUGGUCUCUAUGGCGAUGUUUGUGACUGGUGUUAUCUGGACAAGUGUCGCCAAAGACUAUAACAGUCUCAUGGGAGCGCGGGUUUUUGCCAGUUUCGGAUAUGGUUCGAUCGAGUCUUUGGGACCCAGUAUUCUCGCAGACAUCUUCUACGAACGCAACUAUGCCAGUGCGAUGGCUACCUACGCAUUCUUUCUCUCUGGCGGAUCGCAGAUCGGACCCGUGAUUGCCGGCUACCUGGUUGCAUCGAAAGGCUGGCGCUGGUUCUUCUACCUGUGCUUGAUUCUUGCUGCUGUGAACUUUGUGACGACCUUUUUCCUGUUGCCGGAAACCCUAUAUGAGGCCGAGUGUGGGACCGAGGGGGAACCGCAGGGAGAUUUGGAGAAGGACACUCAGCGACAUAUCGAAGCGGUAUCAUCGCGAUUGAACAGUGAUGCAUUCAGUUAUGCGGCCUACUGGAAGGGACUGUUCAGGGUUGGUAUCUCCCAGGAGGCCCGCAGAAAGGGCGUUCUGAAGUUCCUGGGCUAUGCCUUUGCUCUGCCGCUGCCGAUGAUCCUGAUUCCCGGCGUGUUGCUCGCUUCAAUCAUGUACGGUGUCGUUCUGGGAGCGGUCGUCUCCAUCUCAACCCUUGCCCCAACCCUUUUCUCGCCGCCUCCCUACCUCUUCACAUCGGCCGAUCUCGGUCUCUUCACUCUGAGCAGCUUCAUCGGCAUCGUCGUCGCCUUCCCCAUCGCCGGCCCUCUCACCGAUUCCCUCUCGCAAUGGCUCCGCCGCCGCAACAACAACGUCCACAAACCCGAGCACCGUCUCCCAGCCCUCCUCUUCCCCUUCCUCGUCUGCCCCGUCGGCCUAAUCAUCUUCGGCUACACCGUCGCCCACCAGCAGCACUACGUCGGUCCCGCCGCGGGCGCGGCCAUGUCCUCCGCGGCCCUCACGCUCGUCCCCUCGGUCAUGCUCUCGUACGUGGUGGACUCGUACCCGCACACGAGCGGCGAGGCGCUGGUUCUGGUCAACGCGUCCAAGAACGUGGUUGCCUUUGGGCUGGCCAAGGGGUCGUACUCGUGGAUGGCGCGCGAGGGCGUCGACAAGAUGUUCUAUGAGUUUGCGGGCAUCCAGUGGGCGGCGAUUGCGUUGGCGCUGCCGCUGUACUACGCCGGUCCCUGGAUCCGGGCCAGGACGCAGAAGUUUGUGUAA